AUGUUGCUUAUAGAUAGAGUGCAUCGUCUUCCAAGGCCAAGAUUCUUGCCUGAAACAGCACCCCGAGAUGUCUUGAUGCGCAUUCAUUACUAUCAUAUAAAAGAGCACGUAUUGCGAGUGAGCCGCAUCAAAGUGAAACCGCCGGCAGACUUCCCAGAGAUUAAAAUAUUUGCGGAACUUUUGGCCUCCACCUUACGCAGGAGGAAAGACUUCUCACAAAUAGCCAACACAUUGCGGUCCAACGGCAUCAGAUUCCGCUGGGGAUUCCCAACAAAAAUGCUGUUAACAAAAGACGGAUUCCACACAAGUUAUCACAUCACCGGAGGACGGGAUAAGAAAAUUGCACCUCUGGGGACUCACAGAAAAAGAACCGGAACCGCAGGCUUCACCACCUUGUCAUUUGCAGCUUGA